AUGGGAUUCGGACCUGGUUCAUUCCCCAAUUAUCCUGGAUGCUUCCCCGUGGGUGAAGGAUCAUUCCUGCAUACAUUUUGGGUGUUGAUUUGGGCGUUGUGGUUGGUGUAUGACACUGGCACGUUCCUGAUGUCUCUCAUUACUGGAGUCAAAGCAUAUCGUAGGGGUAAACAUUGGAGCUCAUCCAAACUAUAUCCCAAGACGGUAGGAUGA